AGAGGCAGCACGGGUGGCCCCCACUGCCCAGAAGAGCAGCUGCCACCAGUGUCCAGGGGAUGACGGAGGCCCCUUCUCCAGGGCACCCUGAGGAGGCGGCCGUCCCACCCAGAGACACGGGCCAUGUGGGGCUCCCUGGAGCUGCUUCUGGUGUGGUUCCUGGUGCUGGCAGUGGGCGGCACCGAGCAUGUCUACCGGCCUGGCCGCAGGGUGUGUGCCAUCAGGGUUCCCAGGGGCCCCGUGUCCGAGUCCUUCGUGCAGCGCGUGUACCAGCCCUUCCUCACCACCUGCGAUGGACACCGAGCCUGCAGCACCUACCGGACCAUCUACAGGACCGCCUACCGCCGCAGCCCUGGGCCAGCCCCCGCCAGGCCUCGCUACGCCUGCUGCCCCGGCUGGAAGAGGACCAGCGGGCUCCCCGGAGCCUGUGGAGCAGCAGUAUGCCAGCCUCCAUGUCAGAACGGAGGGAGCUGUGUCCAGCCAGGCCGCUGCCACUGCCCUGCAGGAUGGCGGGGCGACACCUGCCAGACAGACGUGGAUGAGUGCAGUGCUGGAGGGGGCGGCUGUCCCCAGCACUGUGUCAACACGGCGGGGAGUUACUGGUGCCAGUGCUGGGAGGGGCACAGCCCAUCUGCGGACGGGGUGAUCUGCCUGCCCAAGAGAGGGACCCCCAGGGUCCCCCACCCGAUCGCCACAACAGGAGUGGACCGCGAGGUGGCGGAGGAAGUGCAGAGGCUCCGGUCAAGGGUGAAUGUGCUGGAGCAGAAGCUGCAGCUGGUGCUGGCCCCUCUGCACAGCCUGGCCUCGCGGGCCCUGGAGCACGGGCUCCCGGACCCCGGCAGCCUCCUGGCCCACUCCUUCCAGAAGCUGGACCGCAUCGACUCCCUGAGCGAGCAGAUCUCCUUCCUGGAGGAGCAGCUGGGGUCGUGUUCCUGCAAGAAGGAGCUGUGACAGGCCAGGCCCAGGCCCCCAGAGUCCGUGGAUUCUGUCUUCUCACCCCGCCUUCCCCACUGUGCUGGGCAGGGCAGGAGGGGGCACCCCACCACUCCGUAACCAAGAGACCCACAGGGCAGGGUGCAGGGGGGUCCUCCUCUGUGUGAAUCCAGCCCCUGCCCGGCCAGCACCCUGGCCUGUGAGCACGGCCCAGCCAGACCUCUGCACCCCGCUGGCUUCAGGGCCUGGUGGGCCCAUGGCUGAGGGAAGGUA